AUGUCGGGGGAGGGCGUGCGGGGGAUGAGCGUGGAGAUGCUCGCGUCCAUGCUGGAGAGGGCGGUUCUUGGUGGCAAGGUGGUGGACUCAAGCGGCCGCGGUUGUGGCGGCGGGGGCGGCGGCGCUUGCGAAUGCGGCGACGUUGGCGGCGCCGGCACGACGACAUUGCCGACGUCAACAAUAGCGGGGUUGAUUUUUUUGGUGUUUUCGGCGAUGCCGGUGGCGGCGGCGGCGGCGGCGACGAUCCUGCAGCUGACGGCGUUAAUAGUCCCGCUGACCGUGCCAACCCUGCUCGUGAUCGACGGGCGAACUUUCGCCGAGUUCAACAGCUGCCACGUGGCGUCGGCGCUCAACGUGUGCUGCUCCAAGCUGGUGCAGCGGCGGCUGCAGCAGGACAGCGUUGGCCGAGCGGUGUUUGUGGUCACGCAGGUGGAGGCCGGUGGCCGGGGGCGCGUCGUGGUGGUGGUGUACGACCAGCGCUCGCCGUCCGCUGCAUCGCUGCCGCCCCACGGCUUCGUGUCCGUGCUGCUGGGGAAGCUCCGUCGGACGUUCUCCGACGUCUACCUCCUCAAUGGUGGAUUUGCUGCAUUUCAGCUGCUGUUCCCGCAGCUGUGUGAGAACGCUAGCCGCGUGGACACUCGCACGCCACCUCUUGCGCAGCCCGUGUCCAGCCCUUCGUUGCACCUUCGCGACACUGGUCCGACCUGCAUCUUGCCCUACCUCUACCUCGGCUCUCAGCGUGACGUCCUCAACAAGGAGGUGAUGCUGCAGAGCGGCAUUACACACGUGCUGAACGCGAGCGUCGGCUGCCCGCGACCGGACUUCAUCCCCGAGGGGAACUUCCUGCGCGUGCCGGUGCACGACAGCUACUGCGAGAAGAUCCUGCCCUGGCUCGAUUGCACGGCAAACUUCAUCGAGGGCGUGCGUGAGCGCGGGAGCCGCGUGCUGGUCCACUGCCUCGCCGGGAUAUCGCGCUCGGCCACCGUUGCGAUCGCGUACGUCAUGCGCUGCAAGCGCCUCUCAUCGGACGACGCCUACAGGUUUGUAAAGGAGAAGCGCCCAUCGAUUUCACCCAACUUCAACUUCCUGGGGCAGCUGCUGGAGUACGAGCGUGAGCUGGGCACAAACCUCCACGUCCAGCAGCAGCAACAGCAGCAGCAGCAGCAGCACCAGCAGCAGCAACAGCACCAGCAGCAGCAAGUCCAUCAACAGCAGGAGCAACAGCAACAUUCCUCACACACAUUGCACAGAACACAAUUUCAGCAUUACCUACAACUGCACCAGCAGCAGCAGCAACAGAAACUCCACGGGCAGCUGCGGCAGCAAACGUCGCUCCAGACGCAGCUGCCGCACAGCGGGCAAAGCCCGUUGCCUUGCCAACAGCAGCAGCAGCAUCAGCAGAAGUCGAACCAAGAACCGCGGUCAGCAGCGUCGACGUCGACUUGGUCAGGGCAGCUCGGUCAGCGGCCCGGCACAGCGGGCGCCUCGACGGCGACGGCGCGGGGGGGCGACGCGGACGCUGCAGGCGACGGCGCCGCUCUGUGCUCACGACGCGAGUGGGGCGGGGAGGGGGAGCCAGCAGCAGCGGCGGCGGCGGCGGCCCUCUGCCUCGACAUCCACUUGCCCGUGACCCCCUCGACGUUUGCGCAGCCGCAGAAGCGAAAGCAGCCAACGACGAAGCAUUUCUCGCCAGUCAUGGAGAACCCGGAUUCGCCACUCGAGAGGACAGAGAGCGCCGAGCCCAGCGCGGACACGCGCGUGAGCACGCAGCCACCGAUGGGCACGGAGACGCCGACGGGCGCGUGGGUGAAGAGGCAAGCGGGCGCACACGCGGGCAAGCGGGUGGAAGCGAAUGAGCGAACGCGAGACUCCGCGGAGCCACGUUUGCCGAGCGCUCCGAUCCAGAGGAGCUGCAGCGUGGAGGACUACCUCGCCACGGGGCUGUUGCUGGGCAUCACGUCCGGCGCGCACGGACAGCCGUGCCUCCACCAGCAUUUGCUGCAACACCGCUACUACUACCGCCAGCUCGGCCUGUGGGCCCACGCGCCGUCCGUGCCCUCGCUGACUGGGCCGUGGGAUCCCAAAGUGGAGCUCCGCCGGAGGGACAAGGCGUUGGACGGCCGCGGAUCGCGCCGAAGCUGGCACGAGGAGACACUCCUUGAGAAGCAGCGGCUUGCUCGGCGCAGCUGCCAGAUGGAGUUUGAGGGCUCGGCGCGCCUCUUCCUCGCCGCCGCCUCCUCCUCCUCGUCCUCCUCUGCCUCGUCCUCUGCUCCCAGCUCCACCUCGCCGCUUUCCGCGCACGACCCGAUGCCCAAGCGCGCCAGCUUUUCCGGCAGCGCCGAGCUAGUCCAGGUGUCCUGAGGUUGGCGUCGGCUAAACUUUCGUCCGCCGAUUUUCCCACCCGUGUUGGAUCCCGAUUGGCCGUGCACCGUCGAUCAACUCUGCGUUUUAGCCCGAUGCUUGGCCCCGAUCACCCCCUCCGGCUUUCAGCUUCUCCCUCCUGCAAAUCCUGCUCACGGAGUGGCGAGCGGAUGGCCUUGAAGCGUCCA